CCUCUCUCAUGCGUUCAUGUCAACGUGGAUUACUAAUUCCUCACCUUUUUUCGACGAUCUUUCCACCGGUGCGCACAAUCAAUGUUACGGUUGCGUGGAAUAUUGCGGAUUCUCUCGAGAGAUCGCAGAUGCGGCUACUGUCUCGCUUUCGCGCUAGGAUUUGUGACAGCUGUCAUUAUACUAGUCAGCAAAUAUCAACUGGGUGACUGUGUGAAACUACUAGUACAAAACUCACAGAAGAAAUUUGGUACAAGUACUGGAGAAACAGCAGCAUUAGGAGAUGAUUUUAAUCACGUGACCUCUCUUUUGCUUUUUGUUGGUUAUCCUCGAAGUGGUCACACUCUUGUUUCAUCUUUACUGGAUGCUCAUCCUCAUGUUGCUGUUGCUAACGAAUACAAACUGCUGGGUCAUUGGCUGACAUUUGAUGCUAAACAGAGAACAAGAAAGUACAUAUUUGAGGAGCUGUACCGUGACUCGUUGAUGCAGUCAAAAGAAGGAUAUCGAUCAUCAAAAGUAAAGCACACUUUCAAUUAUUCAGUGCCAAAUCAAUGGAAUGGUCAUUAUGACAGAUUUUUGAAGGUUGUAGGUGACAAACAUGGUCCACAGACAACGUACUUUUUAAAGGAAAAGGAGCAUGAGUCUGUUGUUGAUGAGAUCAGCCAGCAUCUCAAGACUAAUGUUCGCUUUCUACAUGUUGUCAGAAAUCCUCAUGACAAUAUUGCUACCAUGGCUGUCAGACAAGUGGAAGGAAGACUAUUCAUACAGCAGGGAAACGUACUGAACAAGUCUGACGUGGUGGAUUUCCAGAUUCGUUCUUACUUGCGGCUGGUCUCUAUUAAUUCCUUGUUGCUGGAAAAGUACAAGGUACAUACCAUCUAUGCUGAGGAUCUUGUUGCCAGUCCAAAGAAAGUGCUGUCCAGCGUGUGCGAAUUUCUUGAUUUGAAGUGUGGAACUAAAUAUUUGUCUGACUGUGCGAGUCUUGUGUUCGGAAAUCCAUCAACGACAAGAAACAACGUUGUCUGGACACCAGAACAGAGGAAACUAGUAGAUGUCGCGAUUAUGAAAUAUUCGUUUCUUAAUCGAUAUGCUGUCAACUCUACAUUGGUAGGGAAGUCAUAACUGGGACAUUUUAAAAAUGUUACUGUUUUAUGUGUAUGUUCGUGCAGCUUGACUAGUUUCAUAUUUUGAAAAGAGUGAUAGAUGCAGGAAUGGUACAGCAAUUGCCUUUUUUCAAUUGCUAAUAUAUAAUCUGAAUCGUUAAUUAAUUACUAAUAAAACUGCAUGGUUGGUGU